AAUUACGAAACAAAACAGAAAAACAAAGAAGAAAGGGGAAGGAGGCAAAGGAGAAGAGAAGAGAAUCAUAAAAAUCCCUUCUACGUCUCUUCUCUCUCUCCUUCUUUUGCCUUUCUGUUUUCUUUCUCCCUCUUCCUUCUUUGCUUAUUCUUAGCAAAGAAGAGAAGGGAAGUGAAAAAGAAAGAAAACCCAUUCAUAUUGCAAAUCUCUCAAUCCUACUUAUAAUUUAUAAUUUUAUUUUGUUUCUAAGCUUUUGAAGGGUGGAGAAGAUGAUGGUUGCAAACAGUUUUGAUUUAUGGCAAAAAGAUGCCUUCUUUUCUGCAGCAGAAGAGGUUCAAGAAUCUGCUGAUAUAAUGGAAUCAGCUUACAGAAUGUGGAUCAAAGAGAGGAGAGAAGGGUUACAAACAGCAGAAUCUGCUGAACUCUGUAGAGAACUGCAAACUGCUUUAGGUACUGCUAAAUGGCAGUUGGAAGAGUUUGAGAGAGCUAUAAGGCUGAGCCAUGGACAUCGUUGUGAUGAUAUUACAGCGACUAGGCACAGACAAUUUAUUGCUGCCAUUGAGAUUCAGAUUUGCCAUGUAGAAGAUGCAUUAAAGGAAGCAUUUAUUGAGGAGGGAAAGCAACCCCUUAGGUGGGUAAAUCUGGAUGAAGAAGAACGUGAUGAUUUAGCCAUGUUCCUUUCUGGAACCUCUCCAAGCUUGCAACCGUCAGCGAAAAACACUCUUUUGGAGAAUUGUCAUGGAGGAAUGGAUUCAAAUUCUAAUUUUAAUUCUACUUGCAAUGGAAAUAUUUGUGAAGUGAAUGUUUUUAAAGAUUCUGGUAAUGAUGCUGAGUGUGUCAUUCAUGUCGAAGAUGAGGAAAGUUCUGGAAGGACAGAUGAGGUAAGUUGUGGACAAGAUAGAACAACUGGUACAAGGAGAACAUGGAGUUCACCAAAUUUUGGUGCAUUGAAAAUUGUAAUUGCUGAUAAAUAUGAAGAUAGAAGCCAGAUCAGCUCAGGCAUUGAGGCCACACCUAAAGAAAAAGGAUCCAAGCCUCUCUUCCAUAAGCAAAGGUGCGGGGAACUUCCUCUGGCAAAGGGUGCAUUUAGUUUAUUCAAUCAGCGUUUUGGCUGGGUUGGUGGGUUACAGAGACAAUUGCAAAGUCCAGUGCACCUGCAGUUUAGUUGUUCACUGCAACUUACACUUGCUCUAAUGAUUGCUAUUUUUCUAAUUGGUGCUGGAGCUAUUUCCUCAGGCUUGGGAAUCCCCUAUCGGGUGAAGGUUGUGAUUCUGAAUCUUUUCCCAGUAGUUUUCAAGAUCUUGGAGCCGGUGAAACUUCCUCUCCCAAUGUCAGAGCUAGGUUAGACGAAAAGUUGGUGUCAUUCUAGACUUCCUUGCCACACAAGCUGUAAACGCAUUGAUAGUCUUUAAAUAUAUAUAUAUAUAUAUAUAUAUAUAUGCUUGCAAGAGUAUUUGUUAGCGCAGACAGUCCCAUUCCUAUGUGAGCUAAGCUCAACAUAGUUGAAAAUUAUGACACGAAGGGUUGUCAAUUGUAGCAAUGUGAGGGGCUUACCCUGCCCUUUGCAAACGAUGCGUUGCCCCUACAUUUACUUGGAAUUAAUUAAUAUUGAAAAGCUCGUUUCAGUUGUCAUUGCUCAUGAUUUACUGAAAUA